AUGAGCGUCUAUCUUCGCUUCUCUCAAGCGUCGUCAAGUGUCUUCACUCGAUGGUCAAGACAGCAGCCUGGCGUACUGGCAAGAACGCUUUCUACAUCGGCCAAAGUGAGGAAAGACCCGGGGAAUUACAAGAAGGUACUGCGAUCGGGGGCGACCCCGAAGGGUCAGAAGCCUACAAAGACUGCAGGGCAGCUUGGCGGGAAUACCUCGCAUCGAAAGACGGGACGAAACAAACAGCGCCGACCUCCUCGUGCGAUCCCGCCGCGCAAAUUGGUUCUGCCGGAACUUGGUCUUUCAUCAAAACAGCUUGCGGUUCUUGCGAAUGUCCGUGACGACCUGGUAUUUAAGAGCGCAAAGGAGUUAGACGAAUCGACACGCAACUCUGCGACUGUUCUCACUCCUGCAUUGAUAGAGCUUGUUUGCGAAGAGCUUAACCUCAAUGUAGAAUUUAGUCCACAGACGCUGCCGCUCCUGCAAGAUAAUCAAUUGAGCAAAGAUCCCUUGCAUCCACGCAUGCCUGUUGUGACUGUUAUGGGUCACGUUGAUCAUGGGAAGACAUCUUUACUUGAUGCACUGCGGAAGAGCGAUGUAGCAGAUCAUGAAGUUGGAGGUAUUACGCAAAAUGUGGCAGCCUUUCGAGUGCCCAUUGAUGGAAACAAUCGUGAGGAAGCACACUCUAAGUUUGCGACGUUCAUUGACACACCAGGGCAUGCAGCAUUCAAAUCAAUGCGAGCAAACGGAACGAUUGCAACGGAUCUUGUUGUUUUGGUAGUUGCAGCAGACGACGGUGUAAUGCCACAGACAGUCGAGGCUGGAAACCUUGCUCGUGCCGCAAACGUGCCCGUGAUAGUUGCAAUCAACAAGUGCGAUAUGCCAGGGGCGGACCCUGAGCGCGUGCGUUACCAGCUGCUCGAAUCUCUUGGUAUCAACACGGAGCAGCUGGGAGGGGACGUACAAUGCGUAGAUAUCUCAGCGAAGAACGGGACCAACCUGCCGCAAUUGCUGGAGGCUAUAUCCUUGCAGGCCGAAAUGCUCGAUUUGAAAUCCGACCCUUCGGCUCGCGGUGCAGGAAUUUGUCUAGAGUCGCGACUGGAUAGGGCUUUCGGUUCUGUAGCAACCGUUGUGGUGCGCUCUGGAAUACUGAAACCGGGACAGCAUGUCGUGUUCCAGUCACCAAAGGCCCUGCGAGGUGAUCUCUUCGGCCGAAUAAGAAGUCUUGUAGACAGAAAUGGAACGCAACUUGACGUAGUUGAGCCAGGUGUCGCUGCUGGUUUGAUUGGGCUCAGAGACCCAAUCCCACCAGGCGCUGAGUUUUGUGUCGAAGUCAACGAGAAGGCUGCCCGAGCGAAAUCACAGGAGAUGCUUGCAAGGAAUGUAGAAGCUACUGUGACAAUUGAACUCGCCAAUUCUCUUUGUGCAGAAAGGGAAGAAAAAAUCGCUGAUGCCGUGCAAGUACCGCCAUUGUUGGAUUCUUCGGGUGCUGCUGAUAGUGACACAGCAGUUUCUGAGGACAACGCAGUGGGCCGCCUAAUUGCGAUCAUUGUGAAAGGCGAUGUGAAGGGAAGUGCUGACGCGGUCGCUCAAUGCGUACAAGCGAUGGAAAUAGCGCGAUACCCAAUUCGGAUUCUAGACGCUGGCGUUGGGGAUGUGACUGAGAUGGAUGUGAAGAUUGCGUCUGCGCCAGGACGAGCAAAGGGAAACAGUGAGAAGGCGAUGAUUAUUGCGUUCAACGUUCGGGUCAGGGAAAACGAAAAGCGACUUGCUAGACGAGCUGGAGUAGCGAUUCUCUCGCACAAGCUGAUAUACCAUCUUGAAGAUGAAUUAAAGCAAGAGCUGGAGAAGAUUUACAAUCUAGACCGGGUGGUGGAAGAACCGGUUGGAUCAGCAUCGGUGGUACGAGUCUUUGAGGAGGGAAGGAUUGCGGGUUGCUCUGUCAAAGAUGGGGAGUUAUCGAUUGGGGAUGGUGCACGAGUCCUGCGACUCCCAGACGCCAAGACGGGAGUGACAGAACCGGAAGUUGUGUUUUCUGGCACCAUUGAGAGCAUCAAGCACUUUGCGAAAGCCGUGCGCUCUGUGAAGAAGGGCUCUGAAUGUGGGAUUGGACUCAUGGACUGGGCGAGCUUUGAAUCGGGUGAUAUUGUUCAAAGCGUGAAGGACAAGCAACAGCGUGCAGGGAUAUGAAAAUAAAUCUUGCGCUCUAUUGCA